AUGAAAUCACAUCCUCCUGAAAAAAAUCAAAGAUAUCAUCCUUGUGUGAUUCUCGGAAAUCUCUUCGACUUGAACUUGCUCAACGACUGGUUGAUGAGACUUUUGCUGGCAUCAACGUUGCUAGGCGCCCUGCUACAGUACAUUCCCACUUACAUUCCAACCUUAGCUGUACAGAAAGGAUUGGAUAAAACAGAAGCAGCUAUUCUGCUUACUGUUUGUGGAGGUAAGUUUAUCUCGCUAUUGAUUGUAGGAACCCUGUGUCACCUGACUCACUUCCUCACCUCCUUCCCGACACUGCUGCUGCUGAGCGUCACCCAUGGCAUGUUUGGCGGCGCCCGGAUGUCCCUGAUGCCGGUUGUGGCCAUGGACUUUGUUGGCGUGGACAACCUCAGCAAAGCGCUGGGGUUCAAUGCCAUGAUAGCUACGUUGUCGUUGUCCCUACAUCAUCCAUUCUUAGGUUACCUUCUGGAAAAGACCUCAAGUUUUGCAGUACCAUUCCAUUACGUUGGAUUUGCCCUAUACAUCAGCGCAUGUCUUCUGUUGUUGGAACCUUGUGGAAGAAAACUCAACAAUAGAGACCACACACACCGUGAACAUGACCAUUAG